AUGUUGGACUCCUCCGAGAGAUCAAGAUGGGGAUAUUUGGACCCGGAGGAUCUAGAUAGCUUCAACAAAAGACUGCUGGAGCCAAAACCAGGUCAUUUCCCGGCAAGUCUAACAGUCGAUUUGCAAAUUAAAAUGACCUGGAUGUAUAUCACAUUUUCUGAAAUAGUUGAAUACGCGGCAGCCCGUUUGACAACCUUGAAUAAAGCUGAGAGUCAGUUACUGGAAAUGGCUUUGCACCGAAUGAAAGAUAUGGUCAGUCUCAUCACAAAAGCAUGGGACUUGCAAGCAUAUGGUCACAUAUGGAUGGGCCAUUUUCAAGGACCGAAGGCAGCAUUAGACAGAUUUCCACAAGAAUUUUAUAAGGAAAUCUUGGAACGAUGGUGUCGUCUGCGAAACGAAGUGAAGGAAGAUGAUAUCCAAGGCUUGAGAUAUCUAGAUGAUUGGAUGCAAAAUUUCACAAGACGUUACAAAAAUCUUAAAACAGAGAGGCAAUGCUUUGACGUAUGGACAGCUAUCCAUGACGCUGGCGAUGAGUGUCACAAAGGAGAGGUAGUAGAGGCGUGGAGAAGUGCGAUUAACGAGUUUCGGCGCGAUAAAGUGAAAACCGGAAAAAUAGAGGAUGCCAUUGACGGGAUCGCUGCAAGGCUUUCGUCGGACAAGUUAGUAAUAAAGGAUGAGGCUACUAAAUAUGGUUGGAACAGCAAGCAUAGUUUCAUGGUAGAAAAGAAAAGGAUGUUUAUCCACAAUUCUCACCUAAUGGUUGACUUACAACUGCGUCUCAAAAUGCGUGCUCAUGGGGAACAAAAGGAAUUUACUUUGAGCGACUUAGAAGCUUUAGCUAAAUUGCGAGAGGAUUCGAUAACGGCAGGUUUGGCCGAAAAGGCGCUGAUGGGGCUUUCCGGAAACCCAAUCAAUAUCUGGUUUGACGAAGUUAUGUUUUACCUACCAUAUGAGCGAAUUUGCUCAGGUUUCAUAUUCAACUGGAUCCUAUAUUGCACAAAACUGGAUCCUAUCGAAUUUUCAAUCAUGUUUUGUAUGAGUUUUGGUAUUGUGGAGGAGGAUACUACGGAUUGGUUCACUGAUGACACAAGAAAUAAAAUCCCUUUGUUCAUUGCCGAGCUCAAAAGCUACGUGAAAAGAAGGCGGAUGAAAAAAAAGAAGGGUAAGGGUGCUGCGGAGAAAGCUGUGCCGUUGGUUAGUGGCCAGAGUACGAAAGGGAGGAAGAAGAAUAAUGAAGAACGGGAAGAGCUCGAGAUUUCGAGUAAUGACGAGCAAAAAGAAAGGGAUUCAAUAAGCGAUCCCGGAAGAUCAGAUAACUCAGCUAGCGGAGUACGUAAAGACGAAGAAGCGAAGAAGGAAAACUAUAAGAAUGUCACGGCUGAAGGUUACGUCAAGAAGCCCGAGCCUAGCGAAGAUACCUCUCAGACCUCCGCAGCGUUGAAAAAGAAACAGAUCUUGAGCAGGAUGAUGAGACCUCGACAGAAGAUUAAUGGUUGUUUGAAGUCUCUAGAGGAGGAUAGUCAAUCCGAGAGUUACGAUGGUGGUAGUACUAUUGCCAGCUCUCCUCCGAUAUCAGAAAAAAUCUUUAAUGCUAUCUCGAAACCAGAGAAUUCGAACGUCGUUGUCCAAAAGGCCCUGAGCGAGGAGAGUAUCAGCAAAGAAACCUCUCCUAUAGCGGAAGUCCAGAAUUUAUCCCCAGGUUAUGAACAGAAAGAGAAUGACCAAUCUGCGAGGAGUGGAGAUAAUAACCCAAUUGGAAGGAAAGGCGAUGGUGAUGGAGAAACAAGAGAAAUAUUGGAUCUGAUACCCGUAGAAGAGGUUGUAGAUCCAACACCUGUAACAGGAGACGAUAUUCGACCACAAUCACUCACGGGUACCGAUUCCAAAGCAUCGGAGACUGACUAUGCUAGUUGUAGUAAGAUUGUUGAUCAAGUGGAAAAAGAAAUUCCGGGUGCCUCUAUAACAGAUACGAACCGAGAUGAAGACAUUUCCGGUGUGAGUCUUGCACAUCCAAUUGACCCAGCCGAUGAAUUACCCAAAGAUCACUCUAAAGGACCUGAGAUGGACUAUGCUAGCAAGGUUGACGAGCAAGGAGGGACAAACACCCCGGGUGCCCUUGUAUCAGAUACGGAAGGGGACGAAGUUUCCGGUCUGAGCCGAGAACAUCCAACUGGCUCGGCCAAUGAAGCGCCCAACAAUCUCUACGAUGUUGGAACACCGAAAUCUAUCUAUGGCACUGGGAUGAUAGGUGGAGUCCGAGAACCCAUUCCAUCGUCACUUGAAGAAAAGGACCAUAAAAACUCCGAUCCAAAAAUAAUCGAAGCCAAAGUCAUAAAAGGCUCGGAGAUUAUAAGCGGCCCUAUUGAUGUCGUAGAGUUUCGAGAAUUGUUAAAAGGCAAGGAGACGGAUAUGUUGCCCCCGGGCCAGGACCUCAUCCAGGAUGACACUGCCGAGAACGAUGGAAUGAAGGCAUCUUCCGAGAGAAUACUCUUGAGGGAUACCGGGAGUGUCCCUCUGAACACCAACGAUAACGAAAGAGAGUAUAUCGGAAUUGUGGCUCAAAACCCUCCUGAUCCAAGGCAGAGGGAAGAAGAAUAUUUUGGCUACAUUAUUUUGAGUGAAGAUAACAACCAACUCCCUGAGUCCAGCACAGCACCGUUUGAAAGUCAAUAUCCACUGACCGGUAGGGAAACCAAUACAUCUUCCCCUCUCACACAGGAGCUAAUAUAA